ACUUUUCACCCAAUAAACAAUUCAAAAGUUCUUUCAGCAAAAAAAUUACCAGAAACAAAAACCACUUCUUCCUGUCUCAAAAUAGAAAGUAAAAAUCAGAUUGUGAAAAUUCCAUAAAUCCGAGCAGCUUCGAUCUCAAUACAGUUAGAACGAAAAUCCCACCAAAUUACUAUUUGCUAGAAAAAUGUUGUACACAUACACUCCCACCUACUACACCUCAUUGCAAGACUCCAUCACUUCGAUUUGCAAGACAAUCCUCCCCUUCUCCUUGAAGAAGAGGCGGCAUCCGGCCAUCGCGGUCCAAGCAGCAGUCAGAUAAUCUCAAGUGGCAGCAAGAUUCAUUCCACCAGAUACUCAACUUGAUAGGACUUUCUAAAGAAGGCAUUGUUCCUGCAAAUGAGGUCUCUGCUUUUAGAACACACCUUCUCGACACCCUCGCUGCCUUGCCCGCCGAUCACGAGCCGCCAUCUUUCUUGAGGGAUAAGUUGAUCUUCUUACAGGAGUUGCUCAAUGCAAAAUGCAUAUCAGAAGAAGAGUAUCAUGCAUCAAAGAGGCCUUUGCUGCAGAGGCUUGCAGUUCAAGGAGCUGAGAUCGAGGCACGGAAUGUAAUAGUCGGGGUGCUGCACAAGGAGACUAAAAACGACGAAUGGUCUGAAAUAGAUCUCAAGGAUGACAAAGGCUCGGAGGCUGAGAGAGUGAAAAGAAUGAAAGGAGUUGCAUCUGUUUUAGGUCUUGCAUCUUCGGAUAAACGUGGGAAGUUGAAGGAGAACAAUGCAGUUAGUGCUGGCUGCAGCAGUAGUUCGGACGAGAGAGGAGAUGGUUUUAAGUCUAUUCUCAUGGAGGAGAGCUCGCCAUCACCGGUGGUUGACGAGAGGAAGAGAAGUGUUAGUGGCAAGGUGAAGAAGGCGACGUUGAGGGCCGCCCUUCAGAGAGAGGGAGAGGGAAGCUGUAGCUGUGGCCUACACGAGGCUGAGGGCAAAGAGAAAGUGAAACUGGGGAAGAGGGUGUGGGGAUUUGAUGGAUUGAAGAAAUGGAGGAGGAAUGAAACCAAGCACGAAAUAGCUCAGUUUUCAUCCGUGGACGAGGAAGAAGGUUACGGCGGGAAACUCGUUCCGAAUCCAGUCGGGGAGGGACCGGACACCAGGCAGAUCAAGAGGAAGUUGCAUCCGAAUGGGGCGCCAGCUGAUUUCUUCGUGGAUAAGGUUGUAGCAGAGAAUAUAAAAGCAGCUCUCGCGAAUCAGAAGAGACACAGACGCUCAUCUAACGUAAGACCCCCAGUUUCAGAAUCAAUACACCAUUGUUGUUUGUUGUCUUAACAAGCUUUUUGUCUUUCUAUAUUAUGCUCAGAGAUAAUCAAAUUGAAGCCAUCUCGACGAGGCUUCCUGCCGACAAGGCAGACUUGAGCAAGUUAUUUCCAAAGGCUAUCUAGUUUCAUUUUACAGCUAAUGAGAAAGGUCUUAAUAGUUCAAUUCCUUUCUGGGUGAUUCAGAACAUGGUGUGAUCAACAUGGCGAAGUCGUUUUAGACGUUGUGAGGAAAGAAUUCAAGGAGCACAUGAGAGAGACGGGAAAUCAACGACACAAUAAAAUUGAAGAUGAGAAUUCACAUCCAAACCUUAAAUAUUAGUAGUAGCAGCAUCAAUAUGUAGACAUGGCUGAAAUACCUUAAUCAGCCCAGAAAUGUCACUUCUUGUAGAAUGUGGAUGCUAUGUUCCAUUCUUUGGAUUUCAAUUUAUAUGCACUCUCACCA